AUGGAGCCAGCUCGAUCUGAUCUCGUCGCUCACUUUCGACUCGACGCUCGAGUCUACGAUGACCACACAAUCAUCGUCGAACCGGUGAGAGGGAAGAGGAACGCCACGAAAAAUGUGAAAUGGGUCAAGUCAGACAAACGAGCAUUCGGUCGAGGAGGCUAUGGCCAGGUUUGGCGUGAGCAUGAAGCGAACAAUCCUGACAACGUUCGGGCAGUCAAAGUCCUUGAGAAGCCAGAGAAGUGCGGCGAUGUACAACUCGAGUAUCAACAAGAGCUUUACGCUUUGGCCGCGCUGUCGAAGCAUCAUCACUACUUCGCAGAGUUCUUUGGCUGGUGGGAGGACAAACACGAUGUUUUUCUGGCGAUGGAAUACUUUCCACACCGUGAUCUGAGCAAUUGCAUCUCAGCACCAUUACCAGAAGCCGAGGUUGCGGACAUCACAUCACAAAUGCUUCAAGCCCUGAUGAUAUUGCACGACAAGAUAGGCAUCACUCAUCGUGAUCUCAAACCGCAAAAAAUUCUUGUUGCCGAGCCUGGACCACAGUGGUGGAUCAAGAUCGGCACUGGAACGAUUGCCUUCAUGGCAGCCGAGGUGCUAGACGAGGACGAUGACGACCCUUAUACCAACGCAGUCGACAUCUGGGCUGUCGGCUGUAUUGCUUAUUGCCUCUUCACCAUUAAUAUCCUGUUUCAAGGCAAGAAAAUGGUGAGAAAGUAUGCUCGAGAUCAGUCACUUUUGGAUCCAAUCUGGGAAAGAUUGCAAGAGCGACAGGUAUCUGCCGCUGCCAUAGAGUUGUUGAAGGUCAUGAUCUCACCACAGGCUACGAAGCGUCCAUCAGUGGCUGAUGCUCUCGAGAGUGGGUGGAUAACAUCACAUACGCAGCCAAAGGGCAAGGCAACGGAAGCUAGCGAAACAGAAGACAGCUCAGACGAAGAAUUCAUCUCGCCUUUUCAGAUGAGAAGCCCCUUUGGAUCAGCUCCCAACACGCUGUCGAAGACUUCGACUUCAACAUCAUAUUUUAACACCUCGGGCACCACGAAGUCUGAGCCAAAGACAACGGGAAUGUCGUCGACUGCCUCGGCCCCGGGCAACAUCUACGAUGCCUCUUCCACGACAAAAUCCGAGCCCAUGGCGGCGACGAUGGGGACACCGGUAGCUUCACUGCCAGCGGGACAAUAUGAUCACGGUCCGCAACCAGCUCUACAGAGCCUGGCCCUACGACCACUCCCACCUGCGCGCGUUCCGAACCCUCAAGAUCAAACAGGCCAAGCUAUGCCUGUUACAAACACUUCUUCCCCAGGAGAUGCCGUUGAUGCACUUACUGGCAUUGCACGACAAGCAUCUACAGCGUCCAGGCUGUCCAGCAAGAUAUCUUCAGAGGCACUCUAUCAUAGCCCCGUCAGCACAGGACCUGGAUCCGGCUCAGUCCAACCGAGUACACCACCAGUAAAGAUCCUGGAAGAGGUGAAGUCUCAUUCACCAGUCCCUGAUCAAAUCGUACGCGCACACGACAGUGCCUGCAAUGAGCGGUGCAUAUGCGCAUUCUGCUCAGCAUGCUCCUGGUUCAGACGUCCAGUCAGCGAUAAAGAGGAUAUGCUAACCAAGUACCGGUGUUUAUCGAGCUCUUGCUCGGUGAACCAGCCAAUCUGUACAGCGUGCAUCUUAAGUGGCGAUGAUGGGGUGACGUGGUGUCCAAAGUGCGGCGGCAGUCUCGCACAAAGGUUCGAUCCCGUUCGGCAAAUUAUGUCAGAAGCAGAAAGGCGAAGCGGUGCUCCACCUAUUUCACACACAAUCAACGUGCCAGUCAGACCUACUCCCAUCAUCUCUGUGGAAGCUCCCCCAAAACCUACGCAAGCGACGUCUCUCAGCGCCGUCGACAUGAAAUUCAUUCGAAGCAGUCCUCAAUGGCUACUAUUCCGUAAGACCGUACAGCAGCAACCAGGUAUGCUCGAGCCCAUCCUGCAACAAGUCGGUGCGAGCAAUCCUCUGCUUGCUCGGAUGGUCUCACGAAAUCGAGAGCAGUUCUUACAAUGGCUCGUCGAGGAGGGCGAUAGUGAGACUUCCCCCUCGCCAGAAGGUCAGACGAUCGCACUCACCUCCGAGGAGCGAGAUGCUAUUGAGCGACUUGUUCGGCUUGGCUUCGAGAGGGAUCUGGUCAUUCAAGCUUACUUUGCCUGCGACAAGAGUGAGGAGCUGGCGACUAGCUUCUUGUUCGAGGAACAUGCGGAUAAUAGCAGCUCUGCUACCAAAUCCAUCCUGCGUGCCCCCGAGCCAGCGCCUGUGGACCCUUCCUCAAAGCGAUUGAGCUUCGCACCCUUGUCCACACAUGUCGGUCAGGACACUCGUCCGGAGAGGAGCCGCUCGCCAUUCUUGUCUUCUGGAAUCUCCUUGGCCCAGGACCUGGCAGCGACUUCGCUCUGCUCUAAACGAUGCAAGUGCGCCAUUUGUGCAAAGUGCGCUUGGAAUGAGAGUACAAGCACAAGAAGAGAAUCAGUCAUGUACUCAUGCCGACGUGGCUGCUUCGGGCUCGAGCCUGUAUGCAACGCAUGCCUAAAGGAUGUGAACGGAACCCUGGUGUGCCCUCGCUGCGCAGAUGUGCCUGCAGAAACGUACACCCGAUAUUCGCAUCAAGGCGCGGUAUCGGGAGAAGUGCCCGAUGUUGCAACAGUCAUCACACAAGGUCUCGCCGGCCCUGCUAAACUUCCGUCGGCAAUCACAAAAGAUGAGAGACGAAUCUAUGACGAGCUAUUCAGAGCGUGGGAUGCGGAGAAAAGAGGUCAUAUCACAGGUGCUGUCGCUAUCAGGAUGAUGGAUCAAAGUGGCCUCAACCGAGCUGAUCUGGAGACAAUAUGGGAUCUUGCGGAUCCGAACAACGUGGGCCAACUUGACAUGGACCAGUUUGCGGUCGCCAUGCACUUGAUAUAUCGCAAGCUGAAUGGCUAUACUGUGCCCACACGUCUUCCGCCGGAGUUGAAUUUACCAUCGGCACCAACCCUCGACAACUCGUCUGCAAAUGCUCCAAUGUCGCCAUCUGGAGUCAAGCGCGGUGUCGCGACAUUCCCAAUUACGGACAGCCACACUUGCUAUGAUUCCUGCAAAAACUGCAAUCUCAUCAUGGCGGAGGAGGAAGACCCUAUCUUGAUACCGUACCUGAUCUCCGACGAGCCUGGAAAGGAGUAUGAUCCCAAUAGCUGGAAACAAACUUGCAGCGUCACCUGCAAGUGCACUGAAUGCGGCAGCUGCGCCAAUAAAUCCCCUUCUAACCUGCGGCACUACAAGUGUAAGCGCUGCCAGAAGCCAGUCUGCCAUCGCCAUAUGGGCACCAAUUCUGUCUACGUUUGCACCGACCCCGUUUGUCAGGACAAGAUCAUGUACCCGGCUAAAGGAAACGUGUUCGAGGAUCUCUCAACGCGGGGCUCAACCGAUGUCUGGCGCCGCGAUCUGGGCCGGAAGCGACCCGAGGCGUCUAAGCCUUGCAAGAAUUUGGGCUGCUAUUGCGAUGCGUGUCGCUCGUGCACAGCGGCUCAGCCAUCGACGUACUGGUGUUCUACUUGUGUUCCAGAAGAUGCUGGGAUUGUCGACGUGGAGUACAAGCGCGGGAAGAUGAUUUCGAAGGCCAAGAAGAAGCAUCACAUAUGUAAAAAGUGCAUCCGGUAUGCAUUCAAAGUGCAGCAGCAGCCGGCCUGCUAUGAUUGUAACGGGGUCACAUUCUAUCGAUGGUGGACUUGA